AUGAGAUAUAUUCCUCCACUUGCUCUGUUAAUAUCGGUGUAUUUGGUCGUCACAUUGCUUUGCGAUAUCUACAAUUGUCAAGACAUCUGUCAACAACGUGAAUUAGCGAAAUAUGAAAAAGUAAUUUUCGUCAACGCUACAUACAAAUAUACUCAUUAUUACAAUUACUCACAGAGAAUACGUACUAAACAGUCAAAUCCAGUUGUUAAUGGCACGUUUGAAACAUUUAAUACCAGACAGAAAGUUCAGCCGAAAUUCCCGUUUAAAUAUUACGAAACAAACUUCUCAAUAUACUUGAUCCAAACAACUGGUUCAGUGUUAUUCGUGAGUGAUACACCCGGACUGAUAAAUCACAUUAUGCCAGGCAAUUUUCUUCCUCAAUUUGAGAUGCUACAUAACAAUGAAUCAAUUGCUGUGAAAUGGUAUUUUCGGACACAUGUUAAUGAUACAUAUAUUACAAGCAAGGUCACUAAUCUGAUACAUCGGAAUGGGAAGAUAUCUGUGUAUUAUGAGAACAUUCCUACGGAAAUCGAGGAUAGGCAGCUGUACACAAAGAUUCAAUAUAUAGAUGCUUGUUCAGAUUCACUUGAAAUUAAAUAUGUAGAAUUAACUGAGAUAAGUGUCCCCAGUAAAUGGAUCAAAAGUGACACGCUAGUGGAGAUUGAACCAAUCGAGAGUAGUUGUUCAAAGCAUAGUUCGACUGACGAAUGCCAAAAUGCCACAACAUCAAAUAUGAGGUGUAUUUGGUGUGAAACAGCUAAUAUGUGCAUUAUUAGCAAUGAUGAAGAUACUCAUGAAUUGAAAGUAGAUGAUUGCCGUAUAAAAAACACGACCGUUUAA